CUCCAACUUUCAGUCACUCUUCUUACCCUUCUCUUCACCCUCCAAACCUCUCAAACUUCCCCUCUAGACCGAUCUCUCCAUCUUCAAGAACCGUCAAGACCUACAAACAAGUCAAUCGAGAAGCCUCUCAGGACCCAGUUCUGAUCAAUCCCACUACAUCUGCCCUGAGAGGGCCCCUUCUCUGAAGAUAGAACAGUUGCACACAGUCGUCUGCGACUGGUGAAAGCCGUAUAACACAAGACCGCUGCCCGGUCCGCAGCCCCUUGCGCUGCGUGAGUCUCGAACCAUUGAAGGAUCCAUUUCCGGACAACAAGUACAACAACACAACCCUUCGACAAGCAACCAUUUUCGAACUCAUCUCGCCUAAGAUGAUGUCCAACCAACCUUCAUCUCUUCAGCAACGACAGAGGCUACAUCGGAGACAGAACUCAACACCCGUUGUAGCCUUCGAAGCCAUGAAGGUCUCUGCCACAAUGCCGCCACAACCACGCCACAAUCUUCACAGACGGGGUCAAUCUUUCGAUCUUCAACGAAGCCCCAUCCGGAAGCAUCAGCAAGGCAGCACGGUAAGUAUGACUAACCUAGGACCAAUCCACGGACAACAGAUUUUGCGGGAAGCGCAGCAGCAACGAAUAGCAAGACCGGGCCAGCAGCAACCAAACAUGAACAUGGACUUACCCAUCUCUCCAGAUUGUGGUAUGUUCCCGGUGACCACUUCAAUCCCACCGUCGCCGUACGACAACAUGAGAAUGAAUGCAAUCAUGCAACAGAGCUCUCCAGGCAUGACAUUUUCGCAUUCCCAACAAUACUUCACCGACCUGAAUAUGCCAGUGCAGAACGCUGGUCCAAUGGGACUGAUGGAUGAGAACAGCCUCCAAUAUUUCCAGGAGGCUCAAGCACCUCAGUUUCCACAAAGUGUCGGUAUCUCCUUUGACAAUCGGAGAAUGUCGCAGCCAGAUCUGCGGGUUCAGACCCAGUUGCGACCUCAUACACCUUCACAUCAAAUCCAGACUGCACAACUCCCUCUCACACCUCCAUUCAGUCAACAUAACCAAGCCGUUCAAUAUUCACGUUCAUUACAAGCGUCGCCAGCCCUUCAAUCACCCUACCCAGUACCCAUGACACGAGGCAAGUCUCUGCAAGGAAUCAUCGAACACGAAGAACCAAGAGCACAGCCCAUGGGCACGCCGACUAGAGGUUUGUUUGAGAUGGCUGAAAUGCCGGUGCCCGAACCUCGGAGACGAUCUCAAACUCCGCCAGUGGCUCAGCAAAUUGAGCCGACGAAGGUCAAGGUCGAAGCGACCCCAGGAGAGCUGGAUGAGCUCGAGACUCAAGUACCCAAACUCGAAGAUGUGGCAGUGCCGGUCCUUUCAACCAAGAAGGCACCAGCUGGCAGCGCAUCUCCAGGCAGACCGGCACUUUCCCCUCGCCGUAUGUCAAUCUCAGACCUCAACCUGGAACCCGGUAUUGAGGCAUCGAUCGAGGAAACCAACAUCACGCUGGAUGAUAUUGCACAGUUCAUCGAAGGUCCCGAUCCAGUGGACAACAAAUGGGUGUGCAAGUAUGAGGACUGCAACAAGAGAUUCGGUCGGAAAGAAAACAUCAAAUCACAUAUCCAAACCCAUCUCGGUGAUCGUCAAUUCCGAUGUGACCAUUGCAAGAAAUGCUUUGUUCGAGGCCAUGACCUGAAACGCCAUGCGAAAAUCCACACCGGUACAAAGCCGUACCCUUGUCUAUGUGGAAACUCAUUCGCGCGCCAUGAUGCAUUGACCCGCCACCGGCAGAGAGGAAUGUGUAUUGGUGCCUUUGAUGGUGUUGUCAAGAAGGUGAUGAAACGUGGCAGACCCAGAAAGCACCGACCGGAAAUGGACGAUCGCCUUGAGAAGGCCAAUCGAACCAGACAGAGGACGGCUGAGCAACACCACGAUCCUUACACAUCUUCUGCAUCGAGCUGCUCUAUGUCGAGCUGGGGCUCACCACCAACGGAGACCAUGGACAAUCUGAGCAUCCGUGGAACGUCACCUUUCGAAAGCAUGACGCUCUUUGGUAUGCCACAGCAUAAUCUCCUGAACAUGGAUCAGAUGAUUGGCUUUCCUCCUGACACGUUCUCCUUCACACCACCACACAGCCCAGGAUAUUCCACAGGCAACAAGCCUAGUCCCGUCUACCGCGAGCUGACACCAGCAGAGCUAGGCGAGAUUCCAGAGCUGCAACAUAGUGACGGAUCACAAAUGCUGCCAGAUCUUCCGACCAUGGACAAUGGAUUGCCGAUGUUGGGUGCGACCCUGAAUGUCUCGUCAGGACAGAGUCUGCCUAGUCUUUCACACUCAUGCUCAUCACCUGCCGCUGACAUUGUGGCUUUUGAUUUCUCGGACCUGCCCACCAAUCCUACCUCGACCAUGCAUUCACCGCAGCUGCCUAUCAAGAUGGAGCAGCAUGAGAGGAACGAUUUCGACAACUUUCUCGACUAUGGCGGGAUGGAGAUGGGACUGGACCCUUCGACGCAGGAUUUCUUCUCCAUCUGAAUCAAUGUUUUCCGAAAGCAACGAGGACGUCGACAAUGCAACAGGCAUCACAGCCAGAGCCCUUCUUUUGAACAACAUCAUGCACAUGUAAAUGUAUUCUAGCUGACUGACGAACGAAAUGGGACGAUGUAUACAGGAAAGGGCUAGGGAAUCUUGGGAACUGGAAUGGGGGCCGGCUUUGGGAAGCUUAGCGAGUGUAUUUACUUGGUCAUGUCAUGCUUUGCGAUGCUGCUUUCAUGUCAUUCUUUUUCAGUGUACAUUCAUUCCUUGAAUGAUUUUUUCGGACGAGCGUCGGCGCCUAGAGGGUGCCAUGCUCACUGGGAUGAGGGACUUGUUUCUUUUGCCACUGGGCUCUUUCUGGCUCAGGCACGCACAGAUCUCUCCGCUACUUGACAUGCCUUUCCGGCUAUGAAAGGGGGUAGAGAUGAUGAGGCGAGGAAGGGACCACGGCAAGCAGAGAAACUAGGAAUGUUAGGUGGGAAUCACGCACGGGCAGGGGGCCAGGAACGAAAAGGGGAGGGAACUCUCGGGCGCUGAAUUCAGACAUUCAUUCACUCUUUUUUCUUUUUUUCUUUUCUUUUUUUGAUCAUGCUGUUUGUUCUAAACGUUGGAUUGGGCGAGACGGAUGGAUGAAUCAUUG